AUGUAUACGAGUCGAUACCGUGGACCGAAACCUUCUGUUGAUGGUCGAAAUCAGCCACCUCGGCCAGCUGCUGUUAGACCGUCCAUCUCCGGAAUUGCCAGUGCGUACAACCCGGGAACUCCCCGUCGCAAUCUGCGAUUCCCUAAUCCUCGGUUUCCCAGCCCCUCUACAGGUACAUCUGGUUCGUCGAAUGCUCCGGUCUUCAACCCGACUGCCUAUCGUCAGCCUACCAGUGCUCCUCGCCCACAACCGCCAGUUCGCAACUAUCGUUUUCCAAAUCUCAACACUUCAGCUAUUCCCCGUCACGAGCCUCAACCUGCCAGUCAUUCGCCUGUUGCGGGCAUUCCACGCAUAAGACCGUUCCUUCGAGACCGCAGAAACGCUGCUCAACCCGAUCCUGUUCCGGAUCGUGACGAAAAGUUUGUCGGACCACCACAGUUCCCGAUUGACACUUCGCGUUUCGAUAUAAACCAGCCCUUUUUUCUUGCAUCUGAAGCGUUGCGACAGAUGAGCACGUAUAACCGAGUUCCUUGGAGAUGCUUGCGUGCAACGAGAUUCGUUGGCACUGACAAAAACUUCGAAGAGCUACUAGCCCAUUUCGGCAUCGAAAACCUUUCAUCAAUCCAGACAAAGCGAAUAAGCUUUUGA